AUGCCAAUGUAUGCUGCUGUAAAAGAUAUUGGCCCUCUAGAUAGGGAGAAAGCAAUAAGAGUAAAGUGUGUUAGAUGUUAUGAAAUAGCUGAAAAUAGAGGCUCUACAGAGAUAAAGAGUCAAGAAGUUUUGGUCUGCGAUGAAGAGGGAACCUUCAUUCAUUUGAAUAUGCAAAACAAUGAUGUAAAGGCAAUCAAAUCCAAAGGUUUUCCUACUAAAAUGUUUCAGCUAAAAAGCUAUGACUCUUUGAAAGACCCUACUCAAGUCAAUCACAAGGUGCUGUUUGGCAGAGUGGUCGAGAUCCAUGCUCCUGUUGAAAAAAUCAUAGGAGGUAGACCAUCCAAACUACUAGACUUUAAAAUGGCUGACAAUGAGGGAAAUACCUUACAGUGCACUGUGUGGGACAGUCAUGUUGGUGCCAUGCUACCAUACUAUGAUGCAGGUCUUAAAGAACCACUAAUUUUGGUUUUUCAGCUUUGUCGGGCAAAGGUGGUCAAUGAAUCACUAGCUGCUAUGAUGCUACCCAACUUCAUUUCAAUGCAUCUUACUAGGAAUUUGCUGAUUUUAGGUCUUAGUAAGUUAACUGCUGCAAACAGUCAUUUACACAGUAUCAGUACUGCAACAGUGCUGUCUCAAUCAACAGGAAUUGAUGACUCUACGAGUGGUGCUUUGACUGUAACUAAAGUAGUUAAUCUAUUGAAAAAGAAGCAGAAUGGGGAAUUCUAUGUUUCUGCUAAAAUUGUGGUCAUUGAAGGUUCUUUUGGAUGGAUGUACAUCUCUUGCAUGUCACUAGGAUGUAACAGAAAGCUUUAUGAACAAGUAGGUGAUCUGAUUUGUACAACUUGUGAUAAGAAAUAUAAAGAAGGAAUGGUCAAGUAUCGGGUCAAAGUUAUUGUUCUAGAUAAAGGUCUAGGAGAUGUUCCCUUCCUUUUAUGGGAUAGGGAGUGUUCUGAAUUAGUUGUUUCUGACAUUCCAAAAGAAUUGGAAUCAUUAGUUGGUAUGAGAAUGGUAGUUAAGAUAUCAUUAAAAAUGGAGUUCAUGAAGGGAGCAAAUUCAGCCUACACUGUUAUGAGAGUUCUAAGGGAUGAAGCCUUAGUCCUAGCAUACUGUUCUAAACUGAUUAAAGACCAAGACAAGGAUUUGAUAUCAAAAAUGAUAGAUGAGGACGAAGAGGAACAUGAGGAAUCAGAUCAGACUAAACUUUAUUUUAAUAUACAUGAAGCUUCUAAUGGAGACAAUGAGGUCAAUAGUCCAUUAAGUAUACAACAGUCUCAAAGGCUAGACAAUGAACUUGAAGAUUCUAAUGGUGUGAGGAGAUCGCUUUUGGGCCAAUUCUCCUCCUCUUGCAAGAAGGGAAAAACUGUGGCUGUUUAA